CCAUAGCCAGAAUUGUCGCUAUGCGUUUGUCGGAACCAAAUCGAAACGACUAUAUAGUGUUUUAUAUGGCCGUUCAAUAUUACUAACUGAUCAGUUUUUAGAAUAUCCAGCAGUGUCUCUCAAAUUUUAUAUCAAGAUUUUACAAAAAUGGGGAAACAUGAUCAUUAUGAUUAUUUAUUUAAAGUAAUAUUGGUCGGCGAUGUGACUGUGGGAAAAACUAAUUUAGUGGGGCGCUAUACUCGUAAUACAUUUACUUCCGCGACCAAGGCCACUGUUGGGGUGGAUUAUGCUACACAUAUAGUUAAUGUCGACGGGAAGACUAUAAAGGUGCUAAUCUGGGAUACGUCGGGACAGGAACGGUUUCAAGCCCUCUCAAAUUCUUACUAUCGAGGUGCGGCUGGCGCUUUAAUUGUCUAUGACAUCACAAUGGCAGAUUCGUUCCGAAAUGUAGAACGCUGGCUAGGAAAACUACGAGAGCACAUCGAUGAGAACGCAGCAAUCAUGUUGGUUGGGAAUAAAAGCGAUCUGGAAGAGCUGCGGACUGUGCGGAAAGAAGAAGGGCGGCGUUUUGCAGAAAAACACCAUCUUUCGUUUAUUGAAACGUCCGCAAUGGAUGACAUAAACGUUGGUAAUGCCUUUCGAAGUACAGUGACGGACAUCUACGAAAUGGUUUCCGGCAAAGCCAGCCACAAUCACCAUCUCAACCGGCAUAAACCGACCGAGGCCGAGGGAGUUAUUACCAUCACUGAUUCCAAUUUCUCCAAAGAUAAACAAAAAUGCAAGUGUUAAUUAAAUAGAGACACCCGAGCGACUAUUAAUUGGUUUCAUGGUUGACUUUUACCAUUUAUAUGAGAAACAUUGGUACUGUUUGUUGAGCAGCGUGUAGAAUUUAAUGCAUCGAAGUUAGUUACUGCAUCUUUCACUGUCUGCAACGCGUUAUACACGAACAGUAGAAAAAUUUGUAAUAAAAUUUUCG